AUGGCCACAGUGACAGAGACGGAGGAGUUCGUCACCUUCUUUGAAGGAGAUAAGCCCGGAACACGCAAAGUCCUUCGUGGUACCGAAGCGAAGACAUUCACCUCGAUUCCUGUCAUCGACUUCACGAACAUCGACUCUCCCUCACUCCAGGUGCGGCAAGCGCUUGCUAAGGAACUGUACGACGCCUGCAGCAACGUCGGGUUCUUCUACGCCAAGGGUCAUGGAGUGCCGGAGGAGCUGGUCGCCGAGACGUUUGACUAUAUCAAGAGAUUUUUUGCGUUGAGUGAUGAGGUGAAGAUGAGUGCACAUUUGCAGAAGAAUCCCGGGCUAAAAGGUUACGAACCGAUGUUCGAGACGAAGCUGGAUCCCAAAUCUGCAGGCGACACGAAAGAGGCAUUCGCUAUGGGUGAUGAUCCCCUCGAACCCGAACAGAACUUUCCCUCCCAUCUCCCUCUCCCGCAAGGGAUCAUACCGCAAAACAUCUGGCCCAAGGACGAGCUGUGGUUCCGCGAGUCUAUAUACCGAUACUAUCACGCAGUCUUUCCCUUCGCCAAGAAACUCGUUCGGUUAUUUGCACUGGCUCUGGCACAGGAAAGCGAAAAUGUGUUCGACGACCUCUUCCAGUUCCCAAUCACGAGCGUUCGUGCUUUGCACUACCCGCCAAACGCCGAUGUCAAGGACAUAGAUUAUGUUGGGCUCGGCGCACAUGCUGACUAUUCUUGGAUUACUCUGAUCAGGCAAGACGGCGUCCCGGGACUCGAAGUCCUGAACGCCAACGCACAAUGGAUUCCCGCCACUCCGAUCCCUCACGCCUUCAUCUGCAACGUUGGUCAAUUCCUCCAGCGUCACACCAACGGCAUCUUCCCAGCCACAGUCCACCGCGUGCGUAACAUGACGGGUGAAGAGAGAUACUCCGCCGCGUUUUUCUUGACUCCCGACCCCGGUGCGUCGCUCGCGCCGUUGAAGAGCUGUAUCAAGGAGGAGGGGCAGAAAUAUGAGGCGAUUCCGAAUGUCGGGGAUCAUUUCAUUAGGAGGCUGUUGAGGGCGAGACCGAAAAAACAAAAAUCAGAUCAUGAGCGUUUGUGA